UUUCAAGUUUGAAUUUAACAAGCACAGGCAGAACGGCAACCUUAAAAAAAUAAAACUCCCAUUGGCUGACAAUUGCGUUGUCAAGUAUUGAGGUAAAUAAACAUUGGUCAGCUGGGAGUGUAACAGUAUUUGAUGAUAAAUAUUGAAAUUUCUGUACUAUGAACAAUAACAAUGAAGACGGGCAAAUUAACCCCGAAUCAAAACAGCAAGAAGUGUUUUCUAGGGUACGAACCCAAAGUGAGUGCUCUGCUGGAAGUGAAGAUGGUAACACAGGGAAAAGGCAAAGAACAACUUCCCAACAAUUCAUGGUGAUGAGUGGUCUUUCCGCUGCUUCUCCACCAAAAUUCGUAACACUGGAAGAAAUAAUGCAAGCUGCUAACAGUAUGAAAGAUAUGGCUCUUGUGCAUCAGAUAGUUGUGGAUGAAGAGUUUAAAUUACAGCGGGCUGAGCCUGCACCAAACACCAUACAAAAAAUGAUCAAGGAUACGAUGCACAGAGCCUUUUGGGAUUUACUAAGGACAGAAUUAGCUGAAAAUCCACCGAGUUAUAGACAGGCCCUUGUUCUCCUGGAAGACAUCAAAGAAGGACUUUUCAAUGUGCUUUUACCUCAGCAUACUAAGAUUAAACAACGCAUUUCUGAAGUAUUAGACACUGCCCUUAUAAAACAGCAAGCUGAAAAUGGGUCAUUACAAUUUGAGCAUUAUGCUCAUUACGUUUUGUCUGUGAUGGAAAAGCUUUGUGCUCCGGUUAGAGAUGAGAAAAUCAAGGAACUCCAAAAUGAAACAGAUGUGAUUGAGACCUUCAAGGGUAUUUUAGAGACUUUAGAUUUGAUGCAACUUGAUAUGGCAAAUUUCACUCUACAACAAGCAAAACCCGACAUUAUUGCCAGGAGUGUGGAUUUAGAAAGGAAGAAAUUUGCAGAUUUUCUGAGCAUACAGCCUGAUGGUUUGGAGUUCACAAGAAAAUGGUUACUUAAGCAUUUAGAGGUUGAGAAACUGCCUGAAGGUGAAGAUUAUGACACUUUCAUUAAGAAGAAAGUCAAAAAAGCUUUCAGUCGAGCUUGUCUUGACCUUUUGGAGUGGGAUGAGAAGGAACCCUAUCCUGAGACCUUCAUGUUGGAUGUGGGAAGAUUGCAAGAUUUGCAAAUGAAAACAAACCGAAUUGUUGUCAUGGGUACAAUACUUCUCAUAUCAUUGGGAAGUGCUGGACAGGACUUACAAUCAAUAAGUUCCUUUAAAAUGUCUCUGAAGGACCAUAUUUUCGUAUUGUUACAGUCGAUGACUAAUGAUGAAGAUUGCAAGAAUCUUCUGCCAAAUGUUGCAGAACAGGUUGUCCAGGAUAUAAGAAAUGAACAGAAAAAACACCAAUUUGCAGAGUUGAACGAAUCCUCUGCUGAUGCUUUGAAACAACAAAUUUUAGAUGUUGCAAAAUCAGAUAAUCGUAUAAAGACUCUUAUCAGACAAAGAAUACAUGAUUUCUAUCAUGAAAUAAUCGAAUCAGCUACAGCAGCCCCCCAACAGGUUCCAUCAGGACUUUCGUCUCUCCAGAAGGAACUCACGCAAAUUGUUGGUCAGAUGUUGAAAGUUGUCUCGCACAACUGUUCCGUCUUCAGUCCGUAUUACUACGAUAUUGUCGCAGCUGCUAUUCCAAAGCCCCAAUGAGAAUCUUAUUUUUAUUAAUAAGUACUUCAAAUCUCAACCCCAGUUGGCACAACUUAUUUAAUUUAAAAAAAAUUGAUUUUUCGAAUUGUUUGAUAUACCAACUUGUAGUUUGAAUUUAUAAAUUUUUGUAUUUUUAUAUAGAAAGAUUUGAAUGACACAAGAGUUUGUUUACUGUUCUUCUCGAUUUCGAUUUUAUUUCUCCAAAGAUUUGGAUCUAUUCACAAAGAGAAACUGUAAAUUUUUCAACCCAGUUUAUGCUUUUCCACGAGAUUGUUUAGAAUUUCGUUUUGAAAUAUUUUCAAAGUUUCAGUAAAAAACUUUCUGUUGUUAUGUCUUUUGUGUUAUAAAUUAACAUAUUUCUCUGUAACGAGGUGCUUUAGUGAAUUGAUUUGUUAUUAUGUUUGCAAAUAUUUUAUUGUUGGUUUCGGGUUUCCUUAUUGUGAUUUUUAACUGAUGACUAGUAUAGUCAUGUAAUUCAGAGAAAUUUUAACAAAGUUUGAAAUUGUGUUGUGCUCUUAGAUGAUAGUGAUAAUAUUUAAUUUUAAUAUGAAGUAAAUAGUUUCGUGAUUUGUAACUUAUUGUGCCUCAAAUAUCAGUUUUUUAUUAAUUGAAAUGAAUAUAAUCUUGUAGUUGAACCUAAUGAUAAUUAUAUAUGGAUGUGAUACGGUUUGUAAUGAAUUAUACAUUCAACCAAU